AUGGUAUACGCAGUACUCAAGAGCAAAUCAUUGUUGCCUAAAUGUUAUUCAUUAUUUAAGCUCAUUUUAAUUAUAAGUUUAUUAUUUAUUGGUUAUAACUUUUAUAAAAAGUUUACCUGGUCAAUAAUAAAUUGGUCGAUAGAAGAUUCAUCUGUGAUUUCAACAAGUAGAUCCUACAAUUGUUUAUUAAAUCUUGAAAAUAAUAGUAAUAUAACCUCGUUAUACUAUCGUCAUGCAACAGCCGAACGUAAUUCAUCUUAUCCAUUCAUAAGUGGUGAUACGUUUCGUGCAUUUGCUGAUUAUGUAUUUGAUGAAACGAAACAAGAUAAAUUUGAAUCUCUUAAAUAUGGUGAUAUCGUUUUUGUGAAAGCUGAUGUAUUUAACAAAUUUUUUCAGGAACCAUACAACUCAAUAAAGCAGCCAUUUGUUCUUGUUACACAUAACAGUGAUUUUUUUGCACCUCGUAAUUUUGCGCCUAAGUUAAAUGAUAAAAAAUUAAUAGCUUGGUAUGCUUCAAAUCCUGACGUGAGAAAUCAUUCGAAAAUAUUUCCUAUUCCUAUUGGAUUAGCUAAUACUCGCUGGGACUUUGGUGAACUUAAGCGAUUGACAAAUGGAUUUAAAAAAUAUCGAAAACCUUGGUCUAAUCGGACAAAUUUAUUGUAUGUUAACUUUUCUGUUCGUAAUAAUCCAGUUGAACGUCAAGCAGCUCUUUCUCAAGCACGAAAAUUUAAAAAUGUUACAAUUGUAAACAAAAAGAUUUCAUACGAAACUUAUUUAGAACAAGUUGGCAAUACAAGAUUUGUUUUAUCACCGCCCGGCAAUGGACUAGAUUGUCAUCGAACAUGGGAAGCAAUGUUGAUGGGCGCUGUACCAGUUGUUAUUUCAUCGGGACUUGAUCCAUUAUUCAAGAAUACCCCAACAGUUAUUCUUAAAGCUUGGACAGAUUUAAAUGAAACGCUUUUAUCAUCAUACAAGCUUUCUUCAUACGAUAAUGUUGUGUCUCCAGUUUUAUGCGCUCGAUAUUGGUUUCAAAGACUUUUAAAAUAUCGUGAGAGAUAA